CAUUCACCACGUGACGGCUGACGGCCUGACGCUCACCACAGAGGAGACUUCUCGGUCUGAGGAUUGACCUCAGAGGCACUAUGAUGAGGGCUUCUGGUUAAGAGGGCACUGCUAAUGUGUCUCAAGUCGUGACUCUAGCCUUAUCGGUGUCUCUAGUCGGGAAUCGAACCUUUUCCGUGUCUCCGCCCGGCCUCGAACCCUCCCCGCAAUGUUCUGGUUCCAGAGUGGGAUGGUGUUCCUUCCCGCCCUGCUGGUCAUCUGGUCUUCGAGCAACUUCAUCGUUUCAUACGUCGUCGCGAUUUACCGAAACGACGUGGACGUUGUGUUUCCUUACAUCAGUGAUACCGGCGCAGAGCCCCCAGAGAGCUGCAUCUUCGGCUUCAUGACUUCCGUCACCGCGUUCCUAGCCUCGGGGACCAUGUACGCCCGCUACAAGUUCGUCCAGCGGCUGGGCGAGGACGUGGGCAGCGUGCGAUCGCGGCUGAACCACGCGGCGCUGGGCCUGGGCCUGGUGUCCUGCCUGGGCAUGUGCAUUGUCGGGACCUUCCAGGAAACCAUGGUGACCUGGGUCCACGACACCGGCGCCCUACUGUUCUUCGGGACAGGCGUGUUCUACGCCAUCCUCCAGGCGGCCAUCUCCUACCAGAUGCGGCCGUAUGGGUCGGCGCUGUGCGUGUGUCACACGCGCACCGCCUUCGCCGUCAUCAGCCUGCUGGCCGUGCUGAUUGCGGUCAUCAGCGGAGGCUUGGUGAAAGGGACCAAACUGCACAGAAAACCCAGCGACGAGGACUACACCGUCCACCUGCUCAGCGCGGUGUGUGAGUGGAUCGUUGCCUUCAGCUUCGUGUUGUUCUUCCUCACAUAUAUCCCGGACUUCAAGCUGUUCGCCCUGAAAGUGAAGGCAGAGUUGGAGCAGAACUCUUGACCAGACUGGACUGUGUUUUUUUGACUUUUUUUUAAACACUGUUGUCUAGUAUUUCUACCGUAUCCGACACAUUUCAAUAUUCUUGCAUAUCAAUAUUGUAAACCAUCUAUAGUUACCUACUGAGAACAAAUGAAUCAGCAUCAAUCGUAAAUCAGUAUAUACAGUUUCUUCUAACUUUAUUCAAAGUUACUUCUUUUUUUUUUAUCUACUUCUGCUAUUUCACUGAGAACCUAUGCCUGUGUCUUUGUCUGUGUGUGUGUUAAACCACAAAGGGGAGGGGCUGUAAAUGUUUACACUAAAGCUGGGCUGAUCUUCUCUGUGCUGCGAUUAGCGACUGUGUGACAGCGCUGUGUGUCCGCUGCUCAUAAAUACGAGAAGUCAGUCACACUGAAGUCCCAUGAGAAACCACACGUGGGUGGUUUGAAUUCCCUGUAGUUGUGUAAUUAUGUUAUACCCCUUUGGGGGGGGAGAGGGAGAUAACAUAAUUACACAACUACACAACUACUGCGGCCCCCAAACGGCCGCAGUCUGAUGUACUGUGAUGUUUAGAAACAUCAGUCUGUAUGUCUGGUCGUAGUAUUGUAUAUUAUGUAUACCAUGGAGAGAGAGAGAGAGAGAGAGAUUAUAUCGUAAAUGUCAGUUUCAUAUUGAUAAAGAUUUGAUUCUUUCAUAUUAUACCAGAUGAUAGAGGAUGGGUCAUUUUCUAAAAUCAUGCUGUAUUCUUCUGUAUUGUUCGACGUGUAAAAUCUUUUUUAUAAAUGCUUGAGAAAUAAUAAAGUAGGACUGUCUUUAU